ACAUCUCGUUUAACAUAGUAUCCAAGGCGGGUGUUGCUAUUGACAAAAUAUGGCAGGUGUCUGGACAAGUCGAAGUCAUCGUUAAAGUUGUUUUUAUUUCUUUCAAAUGCUCUCAGCUUAAAUUGUAAUCUCAGACAUAUGAGCACAUUGAAGUGACAGAAUGACAGCUGGGUCCGUACCUGUUCCUACCAUUAUUCCCAUCAGGACCCCAUUACCUGGGAGAUCCAAGCUUUCUGUAGAUUCCAAUACAAAAAUUGAACUAUCUAUAGAUGGUAAGCUAGAUGCUACCAUUUAUUACACAAUAAAUGGAACAAAACCAGACCCAUUUCCAAAAGUUGGAGUAGAGAAAUGUACAAUGCAAUAUAUGGGUCCUUUUACUCUGCCCUCUGGAAAACAGACUGUCAAGGCUAUAGGAGUAUCCAAAGAUGGUAUGAGGGAGAGUAAUGUAGUUACCAAGGUGUUUGAGGUGGAAUUUGCCCCGGUACCUCGGUCUCACCCAGUGGAUGACGAUCUGGGAUUUCAGGAUGAGAUCAACAAAGAGCAGACCAGGUUGAACACAAAGAGAGCAGCAAAAAAUUUAAUGUUGUCAGAAGGCACAGCAUGGACAGAUGUAUCAACCAUGAAAGCUACUACUCAAAAAUUAGCAGAUAUGACAGUGUCUGGAACUUCACACAGAAGACCAUAUGCUGAUGCUAGAUUCUCCAGUGCAAGAAGAAGCAGAGAGGCAACGAUGCAUAAUGAGUCGCCUCAAAGACCAUAUUCAGCCAAACGACUCCCAGAGAGCACUGCUGCCAUGAGACUAGAACAGGAGCUAGAUCAAAUGAGAACCUCUUAUUACACUGGUGAUCUGGAUUUAUAUGGAAAGUACACAAAUGGUAUGGAUGCCACCUCACCAUCCUCCCCCCCGAAAGUUUCCAUCCCAACUAGUGACAUCAGAAAGAUGGGAAUGUGUCAGUACUGCCGCUCAGUGGUGCCCUUCUCUGUCCCCACCUGUGUGGUGUGCGAGGGUCCCAUACCAGGACAACACAAACCACCACCUCAGUCCCAGUGGUUACCAGUCAGUUAUCCCAUUGUUCCUCCAUCUACCACUGCACCAAGACGCCCCACCGCCAAUGCCUCCACCCAAACAGUAGGCCUGUUCUACCCUUCAGAUAAAGGGCUAUCAAAGAAACUGGAACAGGAAGAGGAGAAGAAAUCAUUUGAGAAACAGCUCAGAGACAGGCGCCCACUAUUGACAGCCAUCAGUCCAGGAAAAGGUUACUGGAGAAAACAAGUGGAUCAUAUCUGUUCACAUCUAAAGGCUCAUGCACAAAAUGAGGCAGAAUUCAGAGCCCUUAUUGGAGAUCCAAAAAUGGGAAAGCUGUUGACCAGCACCAUACAGGAAGAUGGCUAUGAGUUAAGUGUCACGCUUACAUUUGCCCUACGCAACAACAAAGAUCCCUUAGCCGGUCGUAAGAUUGCAAUGAGCGGGGAAUACCUUAGUCAACACACAGAACAGGACAGCUGGCAAAACAGUGACUCUGAGGGAAGUGUUGAAUUUGUAUCCAAGAAAACAACAAAGAAGACAAAACCUAAGAAAAAAGUGGGACCCAAGAUUGCUGCAAUUGAUCAAAAGUUACUCAGAGAGUUGGGUCCACAUGGCGAAGGGGAUCCUUCAGAAGUGCAGCAACUCAUAGAUGAGGGAUCGAAUGCAGAGUGCACCAACAAGGACGGCCUGUCUUGUUUGUAUGUGGCCAUCAAAAAUAAGAGAGCAGCAUGUAUUCCAGUGCUGGUGGACGCAGGAGUUAAUAUCAACAUGAAGGGUCCAUCCUCUAUGAAAGGGAAUACACCACUACAUGAGGCUGUUGGUCUGGGACCCUCAGGGUCAGAGGUCAUCUCAGUUCUUCUGGAAAAUGGUGCAGACCAAAGAAAGAAAAAUGAUCGUGGAGAGACGCCAUAUGAUUUAGCUGUAAAAGGUGGAUAUGACAGCAUAGUGACAAAGUUUGCAUCAGCCAUGGGUAAUUCACAACUAAAGAAAAUGGUCAAACCCAAGACAACAAUACCAGCCUCAUAAUGAAAACUAUUACAUUGUAUAACAUUGCAUAGCUGAUUAUCUUAUACCGUUGUCUGUAGUUUUGAUAUUGACUGAGAUAAACUGAUAUCCAAAUCUAACUUAUGAGAUUGAUUGGUUAGAAUUGGAUUAGAAAGAAGGAAAAGUCCAAUCUUCAUUUAUGGAAUUUCAUGGACCCUUUGAGUAGAACUAGUUGUUCUAGCUGAAAAUGCAUGCCUGUUUGAAAGAAAGAUUUGUGACUUGUUAUUUAGCAAGUGUAAAUUGAUAGAUACUUCUAAGUGCAUGUCUCUUACUUCAUAAUUAUUCCAUUUUCCCCAUUAACCAGAUCAAACUUGUACAUGUAGUUAACUCCCUUUAAUACCAUAACAUUUACUCUCAUUCUACACAAAAGAUUUGCUUAUUUAGAGAAUUUUCUAUGACUGAGAUGUUUCUGUGAUAUUUUAGUGCAAAUUUGUAAAUAAUUUUGUUGUUUGUUUAUGGGGUAUGGUUAUUUACCCCCGGCUUGCUAGCCCAUCAGACUGUAUUUUUCUAGUUACAUAGGAGAUCAAAUUGUUUUACCUUUGUCCAUCCAUUCAAUAUACAAUACAAAUUUAUUAGCACAUUAUAAAGUAUUUUGAUCAAUUGUAUUAUAUCUUUAUGACUGUAAAUUUGAAAUAAUUCAUGUACAGUAGAAUUCUUCUUAUUUUAGAAUGGCAACGAGGGUUUUAAUAAAGAGGUUAAUUAUA